CUAAUUCUCACUGCUUGCCCUAACAGAAGAGGUGUUGCCGACGCCGAGAGCGGAGUUCCGUAGCCGUUGCGGUUAUCAAAAUAGUUAUCGACUUUCACUUCAACCAACAACAAAAGUUGUCGCGAGUUUGAUUUUCUUGCUACUGUUGUAAUCUGACAGUUGUUAUUUGGUUCCAUCUUUGGGUUUGUUGCAUACGAGGGAGACUACUGUACUAGACUUGAUUAUUGCGUCAUGGAUCCUUUUGAUGAUGUUCUACCAGUGGCUCCUGCUGCACGUUCUCGGCCAGGUGCCAAGUUUGUUCCAAAAGCCAAAUUGAAACAGCUGCCUCGAAAGGAAAUACCGACAUCAGAACAUGCAACUUCGUCGAAAGAUGGAAUUUCUGGGAACGAAUGUCAGAAUGCAGUUGCUUCAACUGUAAGUAUGCUAGCAGAAGAAUCUAUGGGAUCCAUUCAUCAUACACAGGUAGAAAUUCCAAAUUAUUGUGAAACGGGAAAUGCUAAACAAGUUGGUGUGAAAGGAGAUAGUGCAGUCACAGUGGAUGAUUCUGCAACCACUAUGUCUGAAGUUGAUGCUGAUCAGAAUUCUACAAGCUUUUUAAAAUCAGCUUAUGGGGCAGAACUAGUAGAUUUUGAGGUGGGCUCAGUAACUAACUUCGAUCCUGAGACCAAUGUCAAUAAUGGCACCGCACAACCAGUUCACCCUGAUAAUGCCCUAGAUAGGAUGAAAGAACCCCCUAAAAAUGGGGAAGGUUCAUUUUUUGACAGCAACAAAGGUUUGGAGCUUAUUGAUAAUUCAUUGCGAGUUAGUACGGAUUUGGGCUUCAAAAGUGUUUCAGAUAAUAAAGCUGCCGAAUUUGAAUUGGAUCCUUUUAGCAACAUCCUCCCUGAUCCUGGCGCUAGGAAUGCUCAUAAAUUUCAGCCCAAGAUUAAGUCACGACCUAGAGCAUGCAAUACGCCAGCAAUUGCUUCUGCUUCAUCUAAUGUUAUGACAGAAAAAUCUGUUGAGUUGCCUACUUCUUGCAAGAAUGACUUUCAAUCUUUUCAGUCUAGUGGUGAUGGCAGUGGUGGACUAAACCAAUCAACUAGUUUACCUUUACCGGCCUCAGAGAUUCUUAGAACAACUGAUUUACCCAAUAAGUUUGAUUAUAUGAGCUCAAGCAUUCCAUUCUCUGAAGACAACAAGAGCUUGGAAUCUGCAAUUCCAUCCCAACUGGAUUCCCUAAAUGCUAUGCUUUCAGAGGAUGCAGUUCAUAAUGGAACUAGAGAUUGGCCUUCUAGCUAUGGCAAAUCAUCAGGAGAGGCUGCAGACAUUUUUUAUGGGCUGGAAUCCCUUGAUGACUUUAUCACCCAUGCUGCCACUGAUACAGGAAAACCAGCUCUUCAUUCUUUCAAUGAGAAGGGUGCAGAGGAAAAUUUUGCCACACCUGCUAGUAAUUCUAUUAACUCUUUUGGGGAAUGUGUUACUACCCAAGAUACAUUAACCUUCGAUGAAGGUGCAGUUCCCAAUGAGGAUGAUACUCACACUAACAAUAGGUCGGAAACAGAGGAAGCUGUGGACUUGAAUCCUGACUGCCCAGGUGAUGAUGUCUUUGAUUAUCACUCAAUGAAAUCUGACGAAGAUCCAACUUCUGGAAUUCCAGUACAUGAUGAGUUAACAAAUGUUGCAGAUAGUCCCAGAUUGGCUGAUCUUUUGCAAGCAGAUGUUACAAGGGAAAAACAAGAUUCCAAUGAGAAAAAAAAGGAUGACUCAACGCCAUGUUCUGUAAGGAAGAAUAGAAGAUCUUCUAUUGCUGGUGAGGAGGAUAAAGGUGGUAAAACCUCAAGACAGCUGAGAAAACAAGCGGCUCGUAAGCCUGCAAACAGCUCAUUGAAUGAGGAUGUUGAAGAUAAUGAUGACCUUGACCCUCCUUAUAAUUCUAACGGAGAUGAGCUUCAAGAAAAUGAUGAUGACUAUGAAGUUGAUUAUUCAUCCAAGAAAAGAAGAGCAUCAACAAGUUCAAAGAAGAAAUCUGUAGCUAAAAGUGGAAAAACAUCUCAAAAGCGUAAGAAGGCUAAUGACGAUUCAGAAAAAACUACGAAACCAAAAAAAUUCUCUCGUUCAACCCGACGAAAAAAAAGAUGCGUGGACAAGGCUCUGCUAGAAAUUCCUGAGGAUGAACUUGAUCCUCGAACAUUGCCUAUUAAGGAUAUUAUCUUACUUGCAGAACAUAGGGAACGGCUGGCGAAAAAAGAGGCAAUGACUUCAGGGGCAUCUUCCACCUGUCAAAGGUACUCAGCUUUUUAUGGUGGAGAUCCUUUUCAUGAGGCCGGUGCUAAUAAUGAAGAGGAGUUCUCAGGUUCAGAAGAUGAUAGAGACCCAUAUGAGGAUCAAGCAACUGAAGUGAUUCCAACAGCUUCGACUUUAUUCAACUACCAAUCUUUCAUGGAAAAGGCACCUAGGGGAAAAUGGUCAAAACAAGACACUGGACUGUUUUAUGAGGCUGUCAGGGAGUUGGGCACAGAUUUUUCUAUGAUACAACAGCUUUUCCCUGGUAAAACACGCCAUCAAAUUAAGUUGAAGUACAAAAAGGAAGAAAGGGAGAAUCCUUCACUGUUAACUGAUGCUGUAAAUAACCGUGCAAAAGAUCACUCUCAUUAUAAAUUGUUGAUUGAGCGACUGCAAGAUGCUUCCAACAAGGCAGAAGUAGAUCCCAGUAGAGAUGCCUCAGAUUUCAUGGCGGUGGAUGAGGUUCUGGACCUAACACCCGCAACUAAUAAUGAGGAGGCUGCAGAGGUUGCAACAACUAAGCAGGAGGAUGAUGUUAAAGCACAGGAAGAUUCGGUGGCAGUUCCUAGUCCAGAGCAAUCUGAUGAUAGUGACGAUGACUUUCAAAAAUGGUCUCAGUAUAAAAGUGUCUUUGAUGAAUAAUGAAAUAUGUAUAUCAUUAUAAUCUCAUUUAAUUUUCAUUCUUUUAAUUGCUGAAUAAUUUUGUGAAAUCAUUUUACCAUCCGAUUUCAUAGUCCAGCGCAUUCUUUUUUCAAUCUUGCGUUCAUUGUACAGUAUUUU